GUGACGUCAUUUCAAGGGAAAAUGAAACCUACUGAACAGAAAGUAAACGUGACAGAACUGACAAAGCAACUCCACUGACGAACUGCAGAUCUUCUGAACAACAUCCUCUCUAUCAGCCAUAUUCCUAAAUCAGGAUGUCAGUGCAGUUCUCUGGUUGGGAGGUGGUCGACGAUGGUGCUUCUUUUUCUGGUGUGGAGCUGGAGCCGUCCCAGAAACCCCAAAACAAGGGCGUCUACAAAAUGUACCAUGGGACCAGCGUUGCCAUCGCACGGCUCAUCAUUGCCAAUGGCUUUCAGCAGUCAACACGUGGCAUGCUGGGAAGAGGCGUGUAUGUGAGUCGUAACAUAAAAAAGGCAGCUCAUUAUCCAUUGAAUAGUAGCACUACAGACCGUGUGGUGCUUCAGUUACACGUGCGUGUUGGCCGUGUCAAGCGCAUUGACACGGACAACCAUCCCAUGCAGUUCACCUGGAACAUGAAUGGCUACGACACUGCCUGGGUGCCCCCAAAUAUUGGCCUCAUAGCUGUGCGCAGCGGCCUAGAGGAGGACUGUGUGUUUGACCCCAAAAGAGUGAAGGUGGUGGGCAUCGCAAAGGCACCAGACACCACCAUACAGAAAGAGCUUCAACAGCUUAUAACGAAAACAUCCAAAAAACACGGACAAGGAGGCGACGGUGCUGCUGAUGUGUGUUCACUGUGUAAGAGGAAGACCCAGCAGGGUUCUUCACACAUCAAGCAACAGUGCUGGGAGUGUGGGCAAAACAUCUGCAUUCUCAUGUCCAAGCAUUUCUGUCCAGCCAGACCUUGACGGGGGCGAGGGAAGAAGAUAUACAUGAAGAUUAGAAUAGCAAUUAUAAAUUCAGGGUGGGUUCCUUCCAUAAAACAAUAACUUUAAUUGGUGCAACAUCAGGAUCAGGACCAGAAUCAGAAUCUAGUUUAUUGCCAUGUAGGUUUUCAUGUACAAUGACUUUGCUUUGGUGUAUUGGUACAUAAUGUAAACAAAGAAAAUUAAAUAAAAAAUAAAAAGUAAGUACAAAAAUCAAGAAACAUGAAUAUAGAAUUGAAGAAAAAUACUAUAAAAAUAUGUAGCCUACCAUAUAUCUGAGUUUUUAGAAGUGGUCGUUUUGUGCAGAAUGUGCAAAGGUUCACAGUGUGAAGUAUAAAAUGAAUAUGCAAUGUUGUACGGAGAUAUAGUCCCAAAGAUGUGCGUUAAUGUAAUAUAUAUAGACGAAUGCACACGCACAAACACAUGUUGAAAUAGUUACAGCUGCUGGACAUAUUUUGGAGAUCUUUAUAAAUGAUCCACAAAAUAUCAUUCAUGAAUUCACACCAGCUUAUAGUAAACCAUACUCUUAUUUUUACCGCACUAGCUUUAUAUGCUGUGAGCAAGAUGCAUUAUAAUAAUGUGCAACGCUAAAUAACUUGACUAUGUGGUGUAAAUUUUGAAAAAUGUAACUGAAAUGACAAAACCAAUGCCAAUAAAUGUCAUUGUUAUAUUAUCAGACCCA